UUGCCAUGAAAGUGUAGUUCAAACAGAUGGCGCGUACAAUAAGUGUGCUCUUUUUUUAAAGUCGUUUUACAACCGUGGGCCUUUUAUUAUACUCUGAUGGAAAGACGCAAUGAGGAUGAAAAGCUCAAUGCCCCGUCUGAUUUCGUGGCAUCAGUUGCCUCAAAGGGCAGUCAAGGUACACUGAUUCCCCCGUCCCAUUUUACAGCAAGCAUCCAGUCUUCCUCAAUCCCAGUAUCAGGGUGUGUAAGAGGACAAGGGACAACACCAAUAACAUGGGCCACCCCUGCCACAACACCAGCAUCGGACCCUUUCCCUGCCAAUCCAUGGCUCAGCAGCGCUGAGGCCACACAAGAAAUACUGGACAUGCACAGAGAAAACCAGAGGUUCCUGAUGUUACAUGGCGUAAGGAAGGAAUCAGAGCUUUCUGAAAACACCAGGAGGUGGGAGACAGAAUGGAGGCUGGACACAGACCGUCUAAGGGCGGAGGCAGAGAGGCUGAAAGGCCAGGUGGAAGCACUAAAAGAGGCUGAAGGGAGGCAGAGGGAGGAAAUGAGGGCCAAAGAAAGCACUUUGAACAGGCAGAGUCAUGAAAUGGAGGUGAUGCGGAGGGAGUUAUUUAAGUCUGAGACUGAGCUCAGCCAAGUCCGUGUGGAACUGGUCCAAAAGAGAGAAGACAAAGAGAAACUCAGCACCCAGCUGGAAAGUCUAAAAAGGGAGUCUGUGGAAGAGGUAGAAAGGCUGAGGAGGGAGGUGGAGAGGAGCACACAGGAGGCCCAGAGGCUGACAAGAGAAGCUGAGACAGCCAAGCUGCAGGCUGAGAAAGCGGCCAAGCAGGAGAUGCAGAAACUAAAGAUUCAACUAGAGGAAUCCCACAAAAGACAUGAAACAAAGUUGCAGCAGUUGACUAGCCACCAUGACUCUGAACUGUCCACAUUGAGACAGACGAGCUCUGAUCUCCAGGAGACAUCACGUCACUUGUCCCAGGAGGUGACACAUCUGAAGAGCUGUUUACUGGAGGUGUCUGCAGAGAGAGACGGACUGAAAGAACAACUACGCCAAAUGGGCAGUGCUUUUGAGAACCAGUCGGCAAGUUUGCAGAGUCUUAGGAGCUACAUUGGAGAAAUUACCCCUGAAAGAGGGUUGGAAGAGGAACUAACUAAAACUGUUCAGGAGCUGAAAAGGGAGAAGGACGCUCUGCUGGUGAAAACAGAGCUUCUGACGGUCAGACUCAACUCUGUAAAUGACAUAUUGGCCUUACAAGAGGAGGAGAUGGUUGAGGAGACUCUAUCAAACCCCGUCCUGAAGGCUGGACCUAAAGCAACCCGAGUUCUGCGUCGCUGGAGAGAAAAGGUCUUCAUGUUAUUGGUCCAGCUUCACUCAAAGGACAUGGAACUGAGGGGAGAAAAGGACAAUCUUCACUCAAUUAUCUCAUCUCUUGAACAGGAGUUAAAGAAUGAGAAGUACCAGUCCGCUGUAUUGCAGCACAGCCUGAAGGACCGGACAGCUGAGCUGGACCUGGAGAGGGGAACCAGGGAGGCCAUGGAGCAGGACUUGUCCAGGACUCGGAGGGAGAACACAGAGCUGAAGAGCUGGAAUCAGGAGUCUGGGGCUGUACUGAGGACCAUGGUUGACACAGUGCAGAGAUUCAGUCAGACAUUUGAGGCUAAGAUAUCAGAGGUGGAGACUGUCCAAACGCGUCUGAACAGCUUUGGCCAGAGGUUGACCUUCGCCAAAAGAAGAGUGGACACAAUUCAAGGACUGAUGAUGAGGAAGGCGGCCCUACUAAAAGUACAGCAUGCUACGAACACACCCCAUCCCGUCUCUGACAGUGCUUCUGUCAGAGAGCUCCAGGCAGAAUUGGCGUUGGUGUGUGAGGAGAGAGACAAACUCAUGCAGGAGCUAAAGAGAACCCCAGUGCUCAUUGAGAAUGCCCUUGCUGAUGUCCGUGAGCAGUUCGACAGUGAGGUGAGGCAGCUGAGACGGGCUGCAGAGCAUAGCAGGAUGGAGGUCCUGGAGGCCCAGACGGCCACAGAGGAGGCCCAGCAAAGGCUGCAGGAGGCCCACAUGCAGAUGGAGGAGAGCCAAGUCAACCUGGAGAAACUCCACGCCCAGCUGAUCAGCCAACAGGAGUCCAGUGAAAAAGCCCUGAAAGAGAGUGUGUCUGAGACAGAGGAUCGCUAUACUCAGCAGCUGAGAAUGAUGGAAUCUCAACUCAACACAGCCAGAAGAGAACACACCAAAGCUGUGGUCGCCCUGCGCCAGUUUGAGAGACAGGCCGAGAGAGAGAGGGAGCAGGAGAGGGGAGCACAACGCCUCCAGAGGGAACACGGCAUGAGGGAACUCCAGGAUCUACGCAAAUUACUGCAAGAAAAAGACAAGGACAGAAACCUACUUUUGGCGACGGUGCGUGAGAGGGGUCUGAUGAACGAGUACAAGGCAGCUCGGACCGAAAGCCUGCUUUCUUCGGUGGCCUUGAAGGAGGGGCAACAGAAACCUUCGCAGCGUUGCCACACUAUGAGAACCAAACCACAGAUCUCAGAUUCGCUACUGUCAGUCAUGGAGGACCUCCAAACUCUGAGUGCUGAAGUGGUCCACAGCUCAGAGGAUGAUUCAGAGGAGGAGGAGCCACAGGCCAGUGCAUCAGUACACACUAGAUCCACAGUGGACAACGCACCAAAAUGACUUUCAACAAAAACUAAUGGCCUCACAGCAAGGAGCAUGACAGGAAAAUCAAAUGAAUGGAUAGCCUCGUUCCAAGCAGCGGCUGUCUUGAAGAAGACUGAAUAACAGGCUGAGUUAUGACCCUGAGUGCUCUGAACUUUAGCCCUGGAGACAGAUUGACAUCUGCUGAUGGUCUUGCUAAUGCUUGCACUUAUAAAUGGAUCAGCAUCUUUGAUAAAGUAUGUGUAUUUACUGGUGUUAUGUAAUAAAUUAUU